AUGGUCAAACAGCCGUCUAACACCAUUUGGGGUCACUCGGAGAAAAUUUGCAAACAGUUGAUGUGAACUAUACACAGCGAUAUAGUCCCACCAUACUAUUUUGCAGUCCAUAAGGAUAGUGCUGUAGGACGGUAUCAGAAAAGUAGAUUUAAUAACUACAGGACAAACCAUGUUGUAUUUCACUAUGAAGCAAAAUGAUAGUAUCGGCUGAGUAGUCUAAAGCCAAUGUACCAUUUUUCAUUUCUGCCAUAUGAUUUUAUCAUACCAUACACGAUCACAUAAUGGUAAGUGACCAUCUGGCAGCUAGACCCACCAUACCAUCUCUGAUUUGGGCCAUACAGUGUGGUGACACUAUACGUGGACGUAUAGCCAUAAGUUACUGUAUGAUAGCUAUCUUGUGUUUUUGUGGUUAUGGCCUAUCAGCCCCAUACAUGUUCAUAUCAUCACCAGUUACCAUAUAUCAGUUCUCAUGUCUGAUGCCGGUGGUAUGGUAUUGUGGUACCAUAUGCGUUCAUAUCGUUGCACGCAACUAUCCAGCAGUGAUUGUCCUUGUACUGGAGAAUGGUGUCAGAGGACUGUUUGAGACCAUGCAAAUAUGGUUUUGUGCCACUGUCUUGUGGGUACAGGAAUGACUCGGAAGUGUUUGGUCUCCAACAACCAUAGAGCAAAAUUUACUGCCGGCUGUAGUGUUGGAGUGGCUC